CCGCCUGUCUCUCUCUCUCCCUAAGAGUAGGUGCGGCAGCAUAAACCCGGCCGGGCAGAAUACAACGAGGCGUGGUUCCACCCCCUCAAUUCGUGGCUCCGGGAAGGAUGGGCCAGCCUGCCUGCCUGCCCAAUUUCAGCCUAUUUAUAGCAGGGGUUUCCAAAGGCCCGUGAGCCACAUCUCUUGAGGUUGGAUGCGGACAUCCCUCCGGCGUGUGGAAGCCAUCAUCGCCAUGACUUUCGGGGAGCCGAGAAGCGCGCCGGGCGGCUGCAGCAGGUGCGGCCGCUGUUGCAAGAAACGCGAGGUCAAAGCCCUGCGCUGCCUGUGCGGGCUGGGUUUCCUGGGGAUGUUCCUUUUGGCUCUGCCGGUGCUGUACUUGAUACGAGCCAAAGUGACGGAAAAAGCCGAGGAGAUCCCAAUGGAAAGGAUGCCCGCUGCCCAAAAACAGCAUGGGAAUCCACUUUGCAACAACUGCGAUUCCGCAAUCCAGCCAAGCGUUCAUGCACGAGUCAAUUCUAACGUUUCCCGGAGCAAAUGUGUGAAUGGGAAUCCGGUCAGUUCAAACCUCCUUUGGGACAUUCAGUCCAAAGCGGGCGAGUUCCAACUGGAUGCGGAAAACAUUUCUUUCAUCAUCCCCAAAGACGGAAGAUACUUUGUUUACUCUCAAGUGACGUUUUCCUGCUAUCGGUGCAAUUGCGAAGGAAACAGCUGCUGCGGGAUGAAAACGAAGGGCCCCAAAAACGUGUGGCAGGAGAUCAAGUACGAAACUUUAGAGUACUCUGCACCUAAACCGACGGCCUUUCUUAUGUCCAUGAGUUCCAUCGAGACCCAAUCGCAUAAAUGCCUUUAUGUGGCAGGGGUCCGGUUGUUCAAGAAAGGCGACAAGGUUAUGGUGAAUGUUUCCAACCCUGCGCUGGUAGAGCCAGAAACGCAUUUCACCUUUUUUGGCGCCUAUUUCGUUGGCUAAAGACGGGAAAGAAUCCAUCAACUGCCUAGCAUUAUCGUCAGGGUUGGAUGGGAGUCGGUGGGUGGGUUUUGCUAAGCUAGGCGCCGCUGGAAACAAAGGAAAAAAAAAUUGAAAGGAAACUCAGGGCUAAGAUGGCUUCCCCAAACGUCCCAAACGUGUCGCUGGAGAUCUCCCUCACUUCUGCUUCCGAAGGAGAGCAGAGAAAGUUGAGAGGUCCCUGCGGGUAGUCCUCGACUUACAACAGUGCGUUUAGUGACCGUUCAAAGCUACAACGGUUCUGGGGGGGUGGGGGAAAGUGUCUUAUGGGUCCAUUUUUCACACUUACAACCGGUGCGGCAUGCCCAUGGCCGUGCGAUCAAAAUUCAGACUCUUGCCAACGGAUCCAUGUUUAUGACGGUUGCGCUAUCCUGGAGUUGUGUGAUCCCCUUUUGGUUGACCCGUCCUCCCAUCCUUCCGAAGUCAGUAAAACGAAGACCCAGAUUGUUGGGGUGGGCAGGCAGUAGAAUGACUCUGUAAACCACUUAGAGAGGGCUGUAAAGCUUCCUUCCUUCCUUCUUCCCUUUCAUCUUUGUCCUUCCUUCCUUCCUUCCUUCCUUCCUUCCUUCCUUCCUUCCAUCUUUUUCCUUCCUUUCUUCCUUCCUUCCUUCCAUCUUUUUCCUUCCUUCCUUCCUUCCUUCCUUCCAUCUUUUUCCUUCCUUUCCUCUUUCCUUCCUUCCUUCCAUCUUUUUCCUUCCUUUCUUCCUUCCUUCCUUCCAUCUUUUUCCUUCCUUUCCUCUUUUCUUCCUCCCUUCCAUCUUUUUCCUUCCUUUCUUCUUUCCUUCCUUCCUUCUAUCUUUUUCUUUCCUUUCUUCCUUCCUUCGAAGCAAUAUAUAAGUCUGAGUGCUAUUGCUACUGUUCUUCCUUUUCUCCUUCCUUCCUGCCUUCCUGCCUGCCUGCAAAAUGAUAUAUGUCUAAGUGCUAUUGCUAUUGCCCUUCCUUCCUUUCUUCCUUCCUUCCUUUCUUCCUUCCUUUCUUCUUUCCUUCCUUCCUUCCUUCCUUCCUGUGAAGUGGUAUAUAAGUCUAAGUGCUAUUGCUACUGCUCUUCCUUUUCUCCUUCCUUCCUUCCUGCCUGCCUAAAUGCAAAGCGAUAUAUACAUCUAAGGGCUAUUGCUAUUGGUCUUCCUUCCUUCCUUCCUUCCUUCCUUCCUUCCUUCCUUCCUUCCUUCCUUCCUUCCUUCCUUCCUUCGAAGCAAUAUAUAAGUCUGAGUGCUAUUGCUACUGUUCUUCCUUUUCUCCUUCCUUCCUGCCUUCCUGCCUGCUUGCAAAAUGAUAUAUGUCUAAGUGCUAUUGCUAUUGCCCUUCCUUCCUUUCUUCCUUCCUUCCUUUCUUCCUUCCUUUCUUCUUUCCUUCCUUCCUUCCUUCCUUCCUGUGAAGUGGUAUAUAAGUCUAAGUGCUAUUGCUACUGCUCUUCCUUUUCUCCUUCCUUCCUUCCUGCCUGCCUAAAUGCAAAGCGAUAUAUACAUCUAAGGGCUAUUGCUAUUGGUCUUCCUUCCUUCCUUCCUUCCUUCCUUCCUCCCUCCCUCCCUCCCUUCCAAGCAAUAUAUAAAUCUAAGGGCUAUGGCUAUUUCUAUUUUGCGACUUUCGGACGAGGGAAGUCAAUGGAGAAGCCGGAUUCCCCUUUACAGCUGUGCUCCUAACUAAACAACUGCAGCUGAUUCACUUAACAACGGAGGCAAGAAAGGGGGAGAAAUGGGGACAAAACUCACCUAAGCACCGUCUUGGCUUAGCGACAGAAAUGUUGGGCUCAACUGUGGUCGUAAGUCGAGGACUAUCUGUGCUUUAUAGAAAAGGAAGCUUCUUCAAUUUGGUGUCCUCACCCCCGUAAGUCUAAGCACUUCAUAAGCCAAAGCACAUGUGUAUCUCAUGUCAAUGCAAGUAUAGAGUUAGAAAGUUUGUCCUAGCCAUAGCGUAGAUGGCCGCAGGAAGUUCAACUGAGAGAGGUCCCUUACUCUCCUGCUUCCAAGCUUGGAAUUCCAUUUUUUUUUUUUUUAACAAUUUACAAAUUCCAAGUAAACAUUGGAAUUUAAGAGGGACCACUAGAAAUGCAACUCGGAGUGACUUCAAGGAGGGAUACUUGAGUGCCCCUGGGGGACAGAUUUCAUGGCACGCCUUAUUUACAGAAGGACCAGGGGAGACACAAUAGCAGCCUUCCAGUAUCUCAGGGGCUGCCCCAAAGAAGAGGGAGUCAAGCUAUUCUCCAAAGCACCUGAAGGCAGGACAAGAAGCGAUGGGUGGAAACUAAUCAAGGAGAGAAGAAACUUAGAACUAAGGAGAAAUUUCCUGAAAGUGAGGACAAUUAAUCAGUGGAACAACUUGCCUCCAGAAGUUGUGAAUGCUCCAACACUGGAAGUUUUUAAGAAGAGGUUGGAUAACCAUUUGCCUGAAGUGGUGUAGGGAUUCCUGCCUAAGCAGGGGGUUGGACUAGAUGACCUCUAACUUCCAACUCUGGUAUUCUAAAUUUUGUUUACCAAAAAGAAUUUGCCCUUGCUCACAUAUGAUGUGCUUCUUAGGAAGCUCCUGCUUUGAUCUCCCCUAUCGUGUCUAAAUUAGGAGUCCUGUGGAUAAAUGUUAUGCUUGUUAGUUUCGAAGGGGUGCUAACUCUACAAUCCCCUACUUGGCCAAAUGUUUUCCUCAAGUCCUACCAUUGUGCAGAACAUUUCACUAGAUGCGUCAUUUUUAAUUUACUAUUUAUUUAUUUUUUGCUCAACAAGACACCUUAACCCAGAAUUACCACCUUGGGACACAAGCUGAUCUGGAAUUAUUAUGUGAAGUACAACUGGUUUUUGCUUUUAUUGUGUUUGCUUUUUGUUGUCUAUUGUUGACCAAGUUAGGAGACACAUUAUCGUGGACUACGUGCCUUCAAAUCAUUGUCAAUCCUAUCUAGAAAGAGUGCAGAGAAGGGCAACAAAGAUGAUUAGGGGACUGGAGGCUGAAACAUAUGAAGAAUGGUUGCAGGAACUGGGCAUGUCUAGUUUAAUGAAAAGAAGGACUAGGGGAGACAGGAUAGCUGUCUUCCAGUAUCUCGGGGGCUGCCCCAAAGAAGAAGGAGUCAAGCUAUUCCCCAAAGCACCUGAGGGCAGGACAAGAAGCAAUGGGUGAAAACUCAUCAAGGAGAGAAGCAACCUAGAACUAAGGAGAAAUUUCCUGGCAGUGAGAACAAUUAAUCAGUGGAACAACUUGCCACCAGAAGUUGUAAAUGCCCCAACACUGGAAGUUUUUAAGAAGAUGUUGAACAACCUUUUGUCUGAAAUGGUAGAGGGUUUCUUGCCUGGGCAGGGGGUUGGACUAGAAGACCUCCAAGGUGCCUUCCAUCUAUUCUAUUCUAUUCUAUUCUAUUCUAUUUUAUUCUAUUUUAUUCUAUUCCACAUUCUAUUCCACAUUCUAUUCUAUUCUAUUCUAUUCUAUUCUAUUCUAUUCUAUUCUAUUCUAUUCUAUUCCAUUCCAUUCCAUUCCAUUCCAUUCC